CUCUAAUUGUGAUAUGAUAAAUAAAUGUUUUUUUUUCCGUGGAUAAUUUUUCCUGUAGCUUUUUUUUUCUACACUUUAAAAAUAUGCAAUUUUGAAUUCAUUAUAAUGAAUUUAUGUAGAAAAGACAAAUCACCUAAACUUACACUUAUAAGAAUUACAGCUUUCCUCGAAAAUAUUGUCCUAUUUUAACAUUUAAAGAUAAAAUUUUCUAAACAUGGUUUUUACAGAAUUUGUUUCUUGAACAAGUUCAAUUUACACUAUUAUAAAUACUUAUGAUAAGAGUAGAUAAUUAUAAAAUCCUGGAUCAUACAAAUCUGGUAUCUCGAAGUGUUCAUAUUUUUACGGUUUUACAAACUAUCACACUAAUGACAUUGGAAUAGUGGUAAAUAAUUGAAAUUAAUUUUGUUAUUAUCAACUUAUGAAUUUUCGUUUCUUGUUUAGAAAAUUGACAAAUGCCUACAUCUAAAUACAAGUCAUUAAAUGACAAAGACAAAAUUACCACGUCCAUCAGAAUUCUGUGCACCUGUUGAUAUGAACAUUUUUUUUUCGUAGAUAUUCAGGGUAGCGUCUAUGGACAGCGAGCACAAACGACUUAUCUGAAGUUAUAAACGCGAUUAAUGGUUACGGUUAGGUAUUGUAUGAACUGCGGUCUGAUUGCAGGUUGUUUAUGGAAUAAAAAAAAAGUAUUCAACGACAACAAAUAUAUGCUAGCGGCUUUAGAAAUUCAUUGUCCGCCACCCGAUCGUACACGCGCCCCAACAAACGUCAACGGAGGUUAGCACAAAAGGCUUUUUCCAAAGCCCUAAGAAGUCGGUGGACAGACCUUUGGGUCCGACCACGAGCGUCCGUCCGGUCCGGUAAGUAAAAUAUUUUGGCCAUCCUCGGAACUUGUUCUCUGUGCUCGUCUGUUUGUCAUAGAUUUUGUUAUCGGUCAGCGAUUCGUAUGCAAAAUAAAAUUGCGGCGACAUUGGUUUUCAAAAUGGCCACGAUUGAUUGAUUUCCGUCUGAAACAAAAUAUUUUAAGAACCGCCAAGGGUAUCGCAAAAUGUGGACUUCGCAGCCACAAGUUUCUUUAGUUUGGACUUUUGCGUAUCGUUGAAAAAUACGACAAAAUUUCUGUAAUUUUUCCUCAGAAGUUACUUGAUGAUGGUAGGAGAACACUAGUUCUGCGAAAUGUUUACGCAAAUGAAUUUUUCACAAAAAUGGAAAUAGUUAUUUGGUGUAAUAUUACUUGAGAUGAUCAUUAAAAAUUUUCCCGGUUUCGUUGAUGAAACAAAUUAUUGACAUUGACAUGGUUAGGAAAAAAACCGCCACAGUGACAAUAUAACACCGUUAUCAUUUUCAACUAAAACGCCUUUAAGGUAAUAGACGCCAUUUGGAUCAAUUUUGUAACCUUUAUACUUUACUUUAAGUCAAUGUUCUUAAAUUAAAUGCUAACCUGUAGUGCUGAGGUGUCAUUAAAGUUUAAUUGAUUAUCAUAAUAGUCUUCAAUAUUUUAUUUACUAUUUAGUUUGAUAGGCAGUUAUUGUAUUAUGAUAAAAUAUCCAGUACAUAAGGUCAAAAUUGCUAGUCGUUACUAUUGACAAUUUUUCAAAAUAAGGGUAAUGGAAAUGUUAAUUCUUACGCACCUAUAAAUAUUUUCUUGUGUUUUUGGCUCAAUUACAUUUGUUAUGAAUUCGAUAAAACCAUAUUUAUUAAAAUAGUUAUUUAUGUUAUUUGUCAACAUGACUUAUUAAUUUUUAAUCUUAUAUAUUUUAGAGUUUAUAAAUACCUUCACGUAAAAUGGCAUCUGCUUUAGAGGAAAGAGAAGGACAAAGUUCUAGAUGUUUCAUAUGCAAUGUAAAAGUUACUACACGAUCUUCAUAUAAUGUAUAUUGUACAUUUAUGCCUCAAAGGGAAGUGUUAUUAAUGGAUGUUAUGUCUAAAAUACUUAAGAAAGUACUUAAUCCUUCUAAUAUGAGAAGCUCUGUAUUAUGUCGUAGGUAAGUAUUAUGACACUGUUUAUAGUUGCUAUACGUAAUAUUAAAUUAUAUUAAUUUUCAUAAGACAUCUUACAAAAAUUAAUUUUGUUUGUUUUAGGUGUUUUACGCUUUUUGAUGAGUUAGAACAGAUAUCAACACGCUUUAAAAAGCUUCAAACUGAUAUAAUUAAACGAUAUUCAUCGACUUGUAUAGAAUACAAAGAUGAAGCUUUUGUAAGUGUAGUUAAUAACAUAUCUCCAAAAAAAUUGAUUGAACUUCCACUUAUUAAAAAUGAAACCUUAAAUAACGAAGAAGAAAGUGUGGAAAAAUCAUAUAAUACACUUAAUGAGGUAAAUAUUAAGAUCAAUUUUUAUAUAAUUACUUUUUUGAAGUAGGGUGAAGUCAUCAUUUACGACUGUUAGGUUAAGAAUUUUUUCUAUUCUAUUUAAUUUUAAUUUAUCUACAGUUAUUAAGUUAACAAUGUAUAAGUUUUAUACAUUUAUCAAUACUAAGUAAGAAUUUAAAAGUCAUUAAACAUAAAAUGAAAAAUUUGUAUCAGUAUUUUAAAAUUGCAUUUUGUCUGUCAUCUGUGUUAUUAACUGUUUUUAUAAUAAUUGAUAUCACCCAGUAAAUUAAUUAAUGUAGAUAAUUGCAACAAUAACCAUAUGGCUUAUCAAAUUACAAAAUUAUUUUACAUUAUUUACAAAUAAAAUAAAAAUGAGUGACUAUAUUAGUAAACAUUAAACAUACUCAAUAAGUUUAGUUCAGUUAUUUUAUUUAUUAAUUAACUAAUUUAAUACAUUUAGAGUUUUCCCUUUUAUUUUUUUGAAUAUCAAAGUUGGAAAAAUUGGGACUGUGUUCAAUUUUAUUGCUUUGAAAUUAACUAAUCAAUCGACAGUAUUUUAAACGGUUGUAUUAUAAAGUUUUUUUUUCCAUAAAUGCUUAAAAUAGUUUAUUAUUCAACUUUUAUAUUAGUUAAUUACCUAUUUAAAACAAUUUUUAGAAUUUAUUUAAUCUGAUAGGGCUUUCUAGAGCUAUAAACUAAUUAUUACAAAAUAUUGAAGACAUGGUUAAAAUGCACCAGAAAUACUAGCAUUACUCUAUGGUAUCCUAUCAGUUCACCAUGUUGAUUAAUAACAAUGAUUUUACCCCAACUUGGCUGCUACUUUUAUUAUACAAAAAAAAAAAAUAUAUUUUUAUUUUUAAGAUUUUUUUUCAAUUAAUUAAAAUUUAAUUUAAUUAAUAUAGAUUACCAAUGUAAUAAAAAAAUAUGCAAAAUAUCUAUUAUAAAAAAAAAAAAAAAAAAAAAAAAAUGUGUUUAGGUCGCUGUAAAUAAUAUCAUACAAUUUUCUAUUUGUUAAUAUAAAUAUAUUUAAAUAUUUACAAACAAUAUACAAAUUGUUAUAAUUUAUGAAGGAAUAUAUUUUUAUUAACUCACCAUAAUUGUCAGUAAACUAUUUAUUCUUACUAUUUUCAAUAAUAUUAGAUGGUAGAAAGCAUGAUAAGACUUUAGACUUAUCAGAAUCAAUAUACAAAUAUCCGAUUUAUUAGCAUGUGACAAAUGUACAGACAGUCUAAUAAACAUGAUACAUUUAUAAGGGUUCUGUAUUUGACAUUUAAACUCUAAAAAAACCUUCAAAAAUAUUUAAAUAGCUUAACCUAUUUUACUAUAUAAUAUGUUAUAAUUAUAACUAUGUCUGUUAAUAUUUAAUAAUUUAAAUAUUAUUGUAUCAUGUUACUAGGUUGUUGAAGCAAUUAUAAUGAAUAUACAAGCUGAGGAAAAUAUGGAUGACAAAAUGAAUAUAAUAAAGUGUACUUCUGAAAAUUCUGAAAAUGAAAAAUCAUCUAUUGAUAAAAAAAUUAUUAAACAUAUUGAAGAAGCAGUAGUCAGCACAGAGGUCUUAACAUUUCCUAAAAUUGUUGAACAAGCAUUAUCUGAAUCAAGUACGGAUUAAUAGUUAAUUUAAUAACAAUUAUAAUUUUUUUAAAUUUAAACUUAUUUUUAAGAAUCAGAAAAAUGUAGUGAAGAUGUCAGUUUUCAAUGUGAGCAUUGUAAUGAAUCCUUUCGGGGGGCACCAGAUUUAAAAAAUCAUGUUACAAUACAUCAUUCCAAGGAGUUUUUUUGUUCAUCUUGUGAGAAAACCUAUUCAACUAAACAAUUACUAAACAAUCAUUUAGCUGAAGAACAUAAAACUCUCAGUAAACAGAUAAAUGAUCAUGUUGGUUCCACUAAUCCAAUUAAAAGUCAGUAUAAUGUAUAAAAUUAAGUUAUUCUUAAGUUUUAGAAAAAAAAAUUAUGAAGCUUUUUAUUUGUAUUUAUAGACGGUGAUGAUAAUAAAACUACCCCUAAAGGUACUUCAGAUUCUAAUAUUGAAGUUACUGCUGAUAAUACAAAUGAUUCCUCUGAAAAUGUGGUAAUUGAUGUGAGACCUGAUUUUUCAAUUGACAAUAGUAUAUAUUUGGAAGAAGUUGUACAAGGAGAAAAUGAAGACGACGAUUUUGAAUGGAAAGAAGUAGAACAAAUAAAUUAUAAUGAAGAAAAUAUUAUUGGGGAUAAUAGUUCAAGUGCUGUUGAUGAAACAAUGACUCCUUCUUCAGGAUCUGAAAAAUCUAAUAAAAAUCAAAUAAAAAAAGGUAGAAAAAAAAGAGAUAAUUCACGUGUUGGUGAACGUGCUUGUUUACCUGCUAUACAUAGUUGUGCACUUUGUGGUAAAAAGUGGAGGACUCUCACAGAGUUAAAAUCACACAUUCAAUCCCACAGUUCUAUUCGACCAUAUGUUUGUGAGGUAUUUUAUAUGCUAUAUUACAUUUUAAUCAUUUUAUUUCACUUCUAAAUAUUUUUACUUUAGAUAUGUGGUCAAGCGUAUAAAAUGAAAAAAGCUUUAGAUGUGCACAUUGGGAUGCAUAAUGGCAUACAUCCUUUUACUUGUGAAUAUUGCAAUAAGUCUUUUACACAAAAAGUGGGUUUACAGAAACAUAUACCCAUUCAUACUGGGUAUACCAGGUUUCAAUGUGACUUGUGUGGUAAAAGAUUUAUUCAUCAAAAAAGUUUUCACAUACACACUAUGACUCACACUGGUGAAAAACAUGUCAAAUGUACAGAAUGUGGUCUGGCUGUUUUGUCUCAAUCACACCUUAAGCGACAUCUUAGAGUCCACACUGGAGAGAGGCCAUAUGCAUGUCCAAUAUGUGGUAAACGUUUUGCAGAAAAAUAUAAUAUGAAUGCUCAUGUACAUAUACAUGACAAUAGCCCCGGAAACGGGCCAAAGAGAAAUAGAAAUCACAUGCAAGUGUAUAACAAUAAUUUAAUGAUAAAUAGUUAUUAAUUUUAUAUUUUUUUACUAGAUGUCAGUUGUGUGGCAUGAGUUAUGAUCGUAAACAUAAGCUUGAAUAUCAUUUAGCUUCAACUCAUAAUAAAAUUGAUAGUAAACUUCCUCAAGAUCAGGAAACAGUGCAUCUACAACAAAACUUCCAAGAGGUAAGAAAUUAUAUUUUAUUUUUAUUUUUUUAAUAUUUAAAAGUUAGAGAAACUAUAUAUAUGUAUUGAAAUUGUAUAGAUUCUGAUAAAUUUAUAACAAAUUAGAAUAAUUGUAUUCAUAUUUUUUUCUUAUUUAGUAAAUUAUAUUAUAAUACAUAUGCUAAACAAAUAAUUAAUGAACUUUUUCUAAAAUUUGAUAUUAUAGAAAAAAAAAGAACAAAAUAUUGUGCUUCAGUAGAUAUUAGUUAAGCUAAAUACCCAUUGUAACAAUAAACAUUAAUUUAUUAUACAGAACUCCCAGGGUCACCAAAUUAUCACUGUUGACAAUGGUGCUAUUGAACACAGCGGUAGUACUGCGAUGAUAACGGUCAGUGGUGUUAAAGUUCCGAUUACCAUAGAGGGUGAUCCAAUUGUGGUUACUUCUUUACCACAACAAUCCCAAACCAAUAGCCUAGUACCAUUGAAUAUACCACCUGGAUCUAUUCUUACCUACACGUCAUCAAGCUCGAAUAAUAGUGCACAACCAGUGGUAGACAGCACCCAAAAUGCUUAUAUGCCACAAAGUCCUGUAACAAUAGAAUUGUCAUAAAAUGCUAUAAUAUAAAUUAAAAUGGCCAAAUUACUGGUGGGCUACUUCUACAGUGUACUAAUCAAUACUAAGUACAUAAUUAUGAUAUUAUAUUAAUUUGAAUCUAUGGUUUUGUAUAAAAUUGUUCUUUAAACUUAUUCUCACUCUUAUUGUCAACAGUUUGGAGCAAUAGUAGAUACAGAUUAUAUUAUUAAUAGUAAUACGUACAUUUUUACGCUUAAGUUCAUUGGAUAAUUUUUUUUAUUUUUAUUUGACCCCUAUUUUAUAGAUGUGAGUAAUAUAAUUAUAUAAAUACUAAUUUUAUAAAUAUGUAGUAUUUACAAAUUCUUAUAUUAAUCAUGAGAAAUAUGAUUGUGAAAUUCAAAUUUAUACUUUUCAACUAUUGUUUCUAUACAAUAUUUUAUUGAGCUUAAUAUUAAUUUCCGUAGUGUUAUGGUCGUUUGUCGGAGUUGUAGUGUGCGCGGUUGAAAAGAAGCCUUUGAGGCCGUGUCAGUAUUAAUAAAUACAAAUUAUUUUUAUUUCAAUGAAUAAUAAACUUAUUAUGAUGAAAUAUAAAUAAUUUGAAAAGGUUUAUAAAAACACAAUUCAAAAAAUAGAGAAUUUAUUUCAAAAAUGAAUUAUGUUUAAUAAAAAUAAGUUACAAAUAAAAAGUUUAAUCUAUGUUGAUAAUUCUUUAUUUUUAACUUAAAAUUUGAUUUCUUUUUUUUUACUUAAGUUUGAAAUAAUUAAAUAACACUUACGAAUUAUUAGUUAUUUAAAAAAAAUUAUCAAAUUAAUAAAUAGACUAUUAUAAAAAUAGAAAAUAAUAUAAGUAAAUAAUAAAUAUCCCAAUUUUAGAAAUGAAUGUGUUUUAGGUUUUUUGUGUUUAUACUUUUAACCUCACACCUAUUAUUAAUAGUUAUAUGUUACUGUGUUAUUAUUUAAGUUUUUUAUAAAAACAUUUUGAAUCUAAUUUAUAAAAGAAUAAUUCAAAUUGAGCUAUUAAAAUGAAAUUAAUUUUUGUUGUGUAUAAUUUUUUUUUUUAAACUUAAUACAAUAAAUUUGAUUAUUUAAUUUUAUAUUAUUUUGAUUUAUUUUCAGCAAAUUAUUUUGAAACUAUGUUCAUUGUUAUUUUCAUUACUUUUUAAAAAAAAUUCUAAUUAUUGAUUAUUAUAUUUUAUUGAUUUAUUAUCUUUUUUUUUCUUGAGUAGAAAUUGAUAAAACUUAUUUUGUAUGAAUGUAUUAUUGUUAUUAAAUAUUAUAUGAAAAAGAAAAAUCAAUAACAUAAUUUUAACAUAUCUUUUUCUUAGUGUAUCCUCAUGUAUCUCAUGUAUUCAUGAAGAAUAUAAUAUUACAAAUAAUUAUUGUAUUUUAACUUUCAAUUAUUUAAAUGUGGCCAUUUAUUUUAUAAUUUAUAUUAUAUUCAAAAUAUUGAAAAAAACAUUUUUGACUGAUUUUUAUUUAUAGACAUUAAGAUAAACUCAAUUUUUAAAAAAAAAAAUAUUUAACAUUUUUUCUUAUUUAUGAUGGUACUUAUUAUUUAUAUAUUAUAUUAUGUACAAUAUGUAGAAUAAGUGCCGUUGGGUAUUAAAAAUAUGAUGGAUUUAUUAUUAUUAUGUAUUAGAAAUGCUUUUUACUAUUUUUGUUUAUUUUUUUUUUUAACAGAAACUAAUUUUGUAGAUACAGUUGAAAUAUUAUUUUCUAAAUAUAUGUUUUACUAGAGUUAGGAUUAUUACUAACUAAACAUAUUUUUCGAAUUUCAUAUGUAUGCAUUUUUUUUUUAUUAAAUAUAUUUUGAUACAAAUUUGUAGUAUUUAGUUUACAUGCUCGUCAGUAUUGUUUAUGACAUUAUAUUCCUUAUUACUAAAUAUUUCUCGUAUUUUGUUAUAGAUAAUCAAUUAAAAGAAACUUGAACACUAU